AUUAUUUUUACAAAGAAAAUUAAUCAAGGACAAACAAUGGAAGAAAAUAGAAAAAUUCCUAUAAAAAUUGCUGAGAUUUCAAUCAAAAAAUUCAACGAUCAAAUACAACAUAAAGUGAUACAAUUGAGAAACUUCCGAAUAUCAACAUCUUCUGCAUCAAACUUGGGUGAUUUGGAUAAAUUAAGAAAGGAAGCGAUAAAUUCACUUCGUGUUGUGAAACAAUUAAAACAACUUCUGAUUGAAAUCGAACACCUUAAAUCACAAACAAAAUCAGAGGAUCAUGAGAAAUUUGACGAGCUUACAUCAAGACGUCGCAAUGAAGCCCUGAAAGAGAUUAAAUUAUAUCAAGACAUGAAACCAAUUGAGAAACUAAAUGAAUUAUCGCCAUCAGCAACUAGUGACAUAGACUAUGAGUCACCAUCUACUGUACAAAUAAACAAUGACUUGAUGCAAGUUCAAUUACGUGUCGACGAAGAUGCAAUAAGGAGAAAAGAAUUGGAAUCAAGACAAGCACUUUUAAAAGAAUUCGAAAACUUACAAUCGGAAUGCGAACAAAUAUCUCAACUUUAUCACAAUGUUCAUGGACUUGUCGUUGAACAAGCUCCAAUGGUUGAAGCGAUUGCUGAAAACGUGGAAGAAACUGAAAUACAUGUAGAAGAAGGAACUCGCCAGCUUCAAAUGGCCCUUAAUUAUAAGAAAACUAUUUAUCCAAUUUUGGGUGGGUUCAUCGGAGCUUGCGUUUUAGGACCCGUAGGCCUUGUGGCAGGAUUGAAAGCAGGUGGAGCAGCAUCAGUGUGUGGCGGGAUCUGCGGUUAUGCAGGUGGAAAAUUCUUAAAGAAAGCAAACUCUCCCAGCAAUGAACCUAGUCCUACCAAAGAAGACCCACCUGAUGAUUUUCAAUCAGCCGCUAUCAUCAAAUAAAAUAUCAUUUUAAACAUGUGAUAAUUAUGACAGAAAUCAUUUGACUUAUUUACACGUUAUUCAUAUUUUAAUGAUUUCGAAUAUAGAUUAACUAUAAAAUAAUGUUCAUAAAUAAAUAUCUGAUUUACUGAUAAGGAAAAAAUCUUUUGACCUAAAAACACGAAUGACUCUCAAACUGUUCAGCAAAGAAAAGUUUUAGAAUCUCUGCCUUCAAGUCAAUUGACAUCAUUUUCUGAAAGAAAUUUAUAAACAAAACAAUUUUUAUUGAAAUU